CAGCGCACCCUGUGGCAAAGUGUUCCUAUUGGCUUUCGCUUGGUGACACCAUUUCCGCCAUACGACUUUCCCCGGGAAGAAGCUUUGGCGCGGAAUCUGUUAUUGUGACCAAAGAAAUCGUGCAAAUAUCGAGAGUCUGCCCAGGUGGACCAAUGGCCCCGGUUUCAAAUCCUGAUAAAGACAUGGACAACCCAGACACUGAUGCUGGGGACGCAUGUGGCCUCGCUCCUACCCGCUCCAGGAGGGAGAAGAAGGAGAAGGUUGGACGCAAAUCAGCCCUGGAGCAACUGAAAAGGGCCAAGAAGGGAGAAAAAGUGAAAUAUGAGUUGGAGGAGUGUGAGAAUGUGUAUGAAGAGGUGGACGAGGCCCAGUAUUCACGCAUGGUCAGAGACCGACAAGACGACGACUGGAUCAUUGAUGAUGAUGGGAUGGGUUACGUAGAAGAUGGGAGAGAGAUCUUUGAUGAAGAGCUGGAUGAUGAUGCACUGAAGGGUGCUAAAGGCAAAGCGGGGAGUAAAGCAGGAGAUGCCGGGGCCAAAAAGAACAUGAAGAAAGUGUCCCUGGCCAAACCCAACAGUAUCAAAAGUCUGUUCAUGAACAGCAACGUGAAGAAGCCAGCCGAGAAAGAUGUUGAUCUCUCCAAAGAUGACUUAUUGGGUGACAUUUUGCAAGACCUGCAUUCAGAGAAACCUUCCAUCCUUACCACCCCGCCUGUUGUCACACUGAAGAAGAGGAAAGCUGUGGGAUCCCCCAUGAAUCCCUUCUCAGUUAAGCUCCAGGCACCAAAGGAGGUGUUGCCAGCCUCUGGGUCAAAGGUCAAAUCGGCCUCUGUGGCACAACCAGCCCUGGCAAAGAAAAACAGACCCCAGGCCCCCAAACCAGCCCCUGUCGCCAAAGCCAUCAAAGUGGAGGAGCCAGAAGAAGAGCAAGAUUCUCUGCAGUUUGACGAGGUAGACUUUGACGAGCCGAUGGAGGUGGGCAACGAGAACAACACGGCGGUGAAGGCAGAGGCUGAGUUAGAGAUCAAACCCACCGUGAAAGUGGAGCCCAAGGAUGAACCACAGGAUGCUAUGCUCAUAUCGGGCCUGAAGGGAGGCUGGGAGAAGAUGGAGGAGGAUGACGAGACCAGCGAGGCCCCCGUGGAGGUGCAGGUGGACUCCAGUCAGCUGCCCAUGGUGGAGGGCCCAGACGGGGAGAUGGCGUUCCGCUUCUACUGGCUGGACGCCUUUGAGGAUCAUUACAGCCAACCAGGUGUGGUGUUCAUGUUUGGUAAAGUGUGGAUAGAGUCAGCCAAAGCGCAUGUGAGCUGCUGUGUGGCUGUUAGGAACAUUGAGAGGACCAUGUACCUGCUUCCAAGAGAACAUAAAGUUAAUUUGGCAACUGGGGAGUCGACUGACCAGCCAGUGGGCAUGAUGGAUGUCUAUCACGAGUUCAACAGCCUCUCGGAGAAGUUGAGGAUCAUGAAGUUCAAAUCUAAAAAAGUGGAGAAGAAUUACGCCUUUGAGAUCCCAGAUGUUCCCACACAAAGUGAAUACCUGGAAGUGAGAUACUCGGCUGAGAUGCCCCCGCUGCCCUCUGACCUGAAGGGCUCCACGUUCUCCCAUGUGUUUGGCUCCAACACAUCCAGCCUCGAGCACUUCCUCCUCAGCAGGAAGAUCCGUGGGCCCUGCUGGCUCGACAUCAAAACCCCACAACUGACCAACCAGUCCCUGAGCUGGUGUAAGGUGGAGGCUGUGGCCCUGAAGAGUGAGCUGGUGUCUGUGGUGAAGGACCUGCCUCCUCCCCCGCUGGUCGUCAUGUCACUCAGUCUGAAAACUGUGCAGAACCCCAAGACCCAUCACAACGAGAUUGUGUCACUGGCUGCUCUUGUCCAUCACAAUUUCCGCCUGGAUAAGGCUCCGCCCCGACCGCCUUUUCAGAGCCACUUCUGUGUGGUGAGCAAACCGAAUGACUGCAUCUUCCCGUAUGACUUCAAAGAGGCUGUGAGGAAGAAGAAUGCCAAAGUGGAGAUAGCAGGAACAGAGCGUGCAUUGUUAGGUUUUUUCCUGGCUAAGAUGCACAAGAUUGAUCCAGAUGUUUUAGUGGGUCAUGACAUCUUGGGCUUUGACUUGGAAGUACUUCUGCAGAGGAUCAGCGUCUGCAAGGUGCCUCACUGGUCUAAGAUCGGACGUCUGCGUCGAGCCAACAUGCCUAAACUAGGGGGUCGAGGUGGCUAUGCGGAGAAGAGCGCCACCUGUGGCCGUUUGGUAUGUGACGUACAGACCUCUGCUAAGGAGCUGAUUCGCUGUAAGAGCUACCACCUGACUGAGCUGGCUUCCCAAGUGUUGAAGACGGAACGCGCUGUCAUUCCUCAGGAGAACAUCAGGAACUUCUACAGUGAUUCCCCACACCUGCUGUAUGUGCUGGAGCUCACCUGGAUGGAUGCUAAGCUAAUCCUGCAGAUCAUGUGUGAGCUGAACGUCCUGCCGCUCGCCCUGCAGAUCACCAACAUUGCCGGAAACGUGAUGUCUCGCACCCUGAUGGGCGGUCGGGCGGAGAGGAACGAGUUCCUGCUGCUCCAUGCCUUCCAUGAGAAGAACUACAUUGUUCCAGACAAGCAGAUCUUCAAGAAGCCCCAGCACGACCUGGCUGAAGAUGAAGAUGAGGAUGGUGCAGGUAAAGUGACUGCAAAGAAGACAAGGAGAAAGGCUGCAUAUGCUGGAGGACUGGUGUUGGAUCCUAAAGUGGGUUUCUAUGACAAGUUUAUCCUGCUGCUGGACUUCAACAGUCUGUACCCCUCCAUCAUCCAGGAGUUCAACAUCUGCUUCACCACCAUCCAGAGAGUGGCCUCGACCACACACAAGAAAACUGAGGAUGAUGACCAAGAUGAGAUUCCUGAAAUUCCGGACCCUGACCUGGAGAUGGGAAUUCUUCCCAAAGAGAUCCGUAAACUGGUGGAGCGCCGUCGGCAGGUCAAACAGCUGAUGAAGCAGCCAGACCUCAACCCGGACCUUCACAUGCAGUAUGAUAUCAGACAGAAGGCCCUGAAGCUAACCGCUAACAGCAUGUACGGCUGCCUGGGCUUCUCCUUCAGUCGCUUCUACGCCAAGCCCCUGGCCGCCAUGGUCACUCACAAAGGCAGAGAGAUCCUGUUGCAUACGAAAGACAUGGUGCAGAGGAUGAACCUGGAUGUAAUUUAUGGAGACACAGAUUCCAUUAUGAUUAACACCAACAGCACCAACCUGGACGAGGUCUUCAAACUUGGCAACAAGGUGAAGAGUGAGGUGAACAAGUUGUACAAGCUGCUGGAGAUCGACAUUGACGGCGUGUUCAAGUCGCUGCUGCUGCUGAAGAAGAAGAAGUAUGCGGCGCUUAUGGUGGAGCACCACGGCGAAGGCCGCUUCACCACCAAGCAGGAGCUCAAAGGCCUGGACAUCGUGCGCAGGGACUGGUGCGACCUCGCCAAGGAGUGCGGCAAUUACGUGAUUGGUCAGAUUCUGUCUGACCAGAGCCGAGACACCAUAGUGGAGAACAUCCAGAAGCACCUGAUGGAGGUGGGAGAGAAGGUGGCCAGUAGCGCGGUCCCUCUCAACAUGUUUGAGAUUCACAAGGCUCUGACUAAAGACCCUCAGGACUACCCUGAUAAGAAGAGUCUUCCCCACGUGCACGUGGCUCUGUGGAUCAACUCACAGGGGGGCAAGAAAGUCAAAGCUGGGGACACCGUGUCCUACGUCAUCUGUCAGGACGGUUCCAACCUAGGGGCCAGCCAGCGGGCCUACGCCCUGGAGCAGCUCCAGAAGCAGCCCACCCUCAGCCUGGACACGCAGUACUACCUGGCCCAGCAGGUGCACCCUGUGGUGGGCAGGAUCUGUGACCCCAUUGAGGGCAUCGACGGCGUACUCAUCGCUUCCUGGCUAGGGCUGGACCCCAGUCAGUUCCGGGCGCAGCAGCGGCAGCAGCGGGAGGAGGAGACUGACGGCCUGUUGGGGGCGCCGGCACAGCUGACAGACGAGGAGCGUUACCGUGACUGCGAGAGGUUCACCUUCACCUGCCCUCAGUGUGGCACUGACAACAUCUACGACAACGUGUUCGAAGGAGCUGGGUCAAAGAUCGAGCCGAGUCUGCUGCGAUGCUGCCAGGUGUCUUGUGAGGGGCGCCCUGUCGACCACCACACCCAGAUCGGCAACAAGCUGCUGCUGGACGUACGCCGCCACAUCAGGAAAUACUAUAGUGGAUGGCUACAUUGUGAGGACCAGGCUUGUCCCCAUCGCUCGCGGCGGCUGCCCAUCUUCUUCUCCCGCAGCGGCCCCAUCUGUCCCGGCUGUUCCAAGUACACGCUUAGGCCCGAGUAUUCUGAGAAGGCCCUGUACAACCAGCUGAGUUUCUACAGGUUCAUCUUUGACUGGGAUUACGCCUUCAACAAGGUCCUGACACCAGAAGACAGAGGGAUGGUGAAGAACCGCUGGGCUUCAGAGCGUCAGGCGUACAAGAAGCUGAAGGACGUGGUGGACCGCACUCUCACCUCCAGCAGCUACUCGGAGGUCAAUCUGGCCAAACUCUUCCAGGCCUUCACAGCGCUCAAGUAAACCUCCACAUCUGUCUCCGACGAGUGCACCAGAUUUGAUGUGUGAUUCUCAACCCUGCUUUUCCAAAUUUCCGAUGAGACUUCAAACCAGAAGCUCAUUCUCAGCUCUGUAACCUCUGGAAUUGCUAUUUGUAUUUAACAGAACAACUUGCCAUUCGACGGACUGAGUACCUUUUUUUUUAUUGACAAAACCUCCCACAAUCCCUUCCAUGUUAUAGCCCAACCUCAUGACUUUUCUUUUUUUUUUUUUGUUCUGCUGUUUGUGUAGGAUGAUUCUCCAGUUAUCGGCCAGUAUGUAAUCUGAUCUAGGUCAGUGUUGUGCCGCCCACAAUUAAACAGCCAUGGCAUUACCCUCUCCUGUUGCGACAUUCGUCUAGUUUGGCCACAUUUCGACCCGGCACAUGUGAAUACGCAGGGGUCACAGGUCUUAUUCUAACGGCAAUUCAGUGUGUAAUGACAGCGUCUCCAGCCAUGUAAGGGACCGUUUGAGCCGUUGUCAAUCACCUUGACCCCCCCGCAUUCUCCUGGUCCGUGCAGUCCUUUUCCCCUCAUCUCUUUUAAUCGUCAUAUGAUUCCCUGGCGAAACUGACUCUCAUGAGAUGAUAAAGACCCUCUCAGGUGGAUCCCCUCUGCGCACUUGUGCCACAAAACCAUGCACUUUCCCCCCUAGGCACACACUCACAUACACACACACUACACACCCCACACACCCCAGGACAGUCCAAGGGAAUACCAAUCAUGGCUAAGUAACAGGCAGAUUGGAGCUCACACAGGCCUGCCUGAUGGGAUCUCUGGAUCUCUGCCCUGUAAUGACUUCUCUCAUCACAUACCCCCCCUACAACCCCAGCCACAUUCACUGCACAGCAAUUAGCCAAUGAUACAUACAAUACGUACAAUGCCUUUGAUUCUGGAGAUGUUUCUCCCAUUUUGCAGUGAUUGGACACUUGUUUGAAUGAGCCUCGUUUGGUGCCUUUUUGGCUGAAGGCAGAGGAGACGACUGGAGAGGAUUGAGGUGAUGGCAUUUGGGUGGUCUCUGUGUCCAGCAGGUGUCUCUAGCCAUGUGUAUGUC